UUUAUCUCCUAAGGCCCGUGUACAUUGUAGUCAUUUCAUUUUAGCCAUUUGCUCUCAUCUUCUAAAGUGAUGAAUUUCGCUGUUAAAUACUUCACCAGAAAAGGUAAGUCCAUUUGUGUCUGAACUGUUAUGAAAUAUACAUUAACCAGUGGUCAGUGAAGGUUACUAACGAGGACAGAAAUUGGAAGCUUAACAUAUACCUCGGUGACCUUGGUGCUCGGCGUGUUUAAUCGAUAAGAACCGAAAAUUGAUCUCAUCGAUCAAUCGAUAGUAAAAGAUACUCACGCUCUAAGAAGUUCUAAUUUUAUUGGAUUUAUCGAUCGUUAUAGAAUCGAUUGCAAUUUAUUAACUUAUUUGUUUUGUAGUUUACCCGUUUAAAUGUUGUGGCCGCUGCCGUUUGAUUCUCCUCUCUGUAGUCGUUCCAGCGUGUCGUUCGAUGAAAAUGAUAGACGAUAAUAAUUAUACAGUAAGGAUGUAAUAAGACAAGAUGGCGGUCUCCUUUUGCAAUGUCAUGUGCCAAAGUGCUAGUCUCAUUGGUUCCUAAGCAUCAUCUCAUAGUACCUUCAACCUUAUUACUUCGGCGGAGCGCGAAGUAAAGGAUUCGCGACGCUCAGGAAUGUAUCAAAGUUGACUUUUUUUGACAAGAUUGGGCACGCAAAGUCUGUAGGUUUUCGGUUUUGUUCGGCUAUUUGACUAAGAAAAAUGGAGAAGUCUUUUUGCACUGUUUGUUUUGUUAGACUUGUUAUUCACCGCCAUUAACCUCAUAUUUGACUUACAUCUAACCGUUUACACCCAAGUCAAAUUUAGAAGGAUUUGUAUGGAGCAUAACUGGGCUAGUAUCUCAGAGACAAUUUGCCCCGAAAUGCUAGUUUUUGGCAAGUAGGCCUCUUGGAUGUUACUCUUUUCAGAAUACCUUGUCAAAUUCCAUAAUUUCACAAAUUAACACCUUACUCUUACCAUAUUUCAUUUCUUACUAUUCCUCCGCAUUUACAAUUAAUCAGUUCCACAGCCACGACGCCGAAGUGUGCGCUCUGUAGUGUCUUGUUGGCCCCUGCAACACACAUCUGAACAGACAAAGCCACAAAGCCUCAAGGAUACCUACACUCAGACCACUGACAGAUGAGCUAUUUUUUCAAAAAAAUAGCUCAAAAAUGCAAAAUGCAGGAUGAGGACUGCAUACUGGGGUUGAAAUACAGACUGAGCGUAAACUGGCUAAAACUACGUAACAAACAUCUCAGUGCUGGGCUAAUGCGGGAUACAAACAUCUCAGUGCUGUCCACUCUCCCAUAAAAUCCGGGAGACUCCAGAUUUUGAACUCUUUCUCCCGGUCUCCAGAUUAGAGUCUGGAAUCUUCCAUUUCUUGUAGAUUUGACUUUCUGACAAUGAAAUUUCGAAUUUUUUGCGUUUUUUGAGUUAUUUUACUGUUUAACAUUGAACGUUUCUUCACAAACUCCAGUAUGCCAUUGUAAUAUAAGCAAUAAUGUGAUUGGUGGGUAGUAAGCCAUGAGGUCAAAUUAUACAAUUUGAACAAAUGACAAAAUUAAUGACAUCAUGUGUGCUGUGCAUUAUGACUUUAUCUAUCGUCCCUUUCCCAUCAAUUCUCAAUAUUUGAGGAAAUGGAGGGUUGACAGCCCUGAGGCAUCUGCCCUCACAAUUUAAUAGACUUACAUUGGUUGCCUGUUGAAUACCAUUUUAUUUAUAAAAUCAUAUUUUUAGUAUAUAAGGCUAUCAAUGGAUUUUCACCGUGUUAUUACGGAUAUCCAGUUUGCUCAGUUUUUGUAACAGCUUCUACUCUUUGCAUUCUUGCUUGAAUAAGUUGCUUGAAGUCCCAAGAUCUAAGCUAGAGUCUUAUUGCAGGACCUAAAUUAAGGAACAGCAUACCAGCAUCUUUGCCAAUUCCUUGAAUUCCUUCAAAAAACACUUAAAGGCAUAUUUAUUUCACCAAGCUUUUUCUUCAUUUGUAAAUAGAUUUUUAUUUAAUUUUCAUACUUAUAUAUGUAGUUGUUAGAUUUUCUGUGUUACAGAUAUAUUUAUGCGCUGGAAAGUUAUUUGUUAUAUUUGAUAUUGUUAUUACUUCCAUUAUUUUUAUUCCUAUUGUUGUAAUUUAUUAUUUUGUAUCUUGAUACAUUUUUUUGUAAUAUUGUAAAGCACCUAGAAAACAGCUAGUGUUAAAGAUGCUAUAGAAAUAAAGUUUAUUAUUAUUAUGUUGCAGUAUGAAACUUUGGAAUGCUGUCCACAUUGUGAGUAGUAUAGGGCGAUAGCGUAACCUACACCACUUGAGAAGCUAUACUUAGAAGUAAAAAAGGUCGAUACAAAACCUAAUACAAUCCUAAAAUACAUAGUGAUAUGAAUCUCUCUACUUGAAAAGCCAAUUUAGAAUAUUAUUAAAUUCUGAUACUCUGUAAAACCUUCGCUAUCUCUACUAAAAGCUUAUUUAUAAUAAUAUUAAACUCUAAUGUUACAAAAAAUCUAAGUAAAAACGUCAACAAGCUUGUGUUUCUACAUUUCUAGAGAAAAAAAACCUAAAAACUGAAGUCCUUAGCGCCCUAACUAAGUAUUUAUCUUAAAUGUUCUGGCAAUGUGUAAAGUGUUUGAGAUGACCGACUUCUGCAUCCACUCAAGUACGUUCCGUGCUCUCGCUCCAAUUAGCUUCCUCACCGACUUCUCUAGGUGUUUAGAGUAACCACCCAGUACAUCAAUUAUUACUUUGUACUGUUCAACCCUGUAACCAUUGUAUCUCUGCUUCAGCUCCCACAUCAUGCGCCCAUACUUGAGUGUCUUUUCCUCAUCGUUCUCAGCUCUACUCUCAAUCCAUGGGCAGCUCAUUUCAAUUGUGCAAACUUCUUUCCUCUCAUGGCUGACAAGUCGUGCAUCGAUCCGAUUUGCUCCAACUUCGUUGUGCUCUGCCCUUUUUAUCAUUUUAUCAUUAUUAUUAUUAUCAUUAUUAUUAUUACUAUUAUUAGUAUUAUUAUUAUUAUUAUACUAAAAAGGUCAUUUCUUACACCUGUUUUCAGACCUGGCCUCUAAAAUCCAUGCUCCUUUUCAGGCCUUGCCUCUAAGAAAUUAUGUUAUCAUAAUUCAGAUUAGAAUAGCAACAAAAGGGAUUUCUUAAAAUCCAUUUCAAAUUUGCCUAUUUCUCAUUCUUUCUUACUCAUUUGGAAUUGAAACAAUGUAAGUGCGUAAGUCAUCGCUCAUUUUUAUAUCGUAAAAUUAAAGUUUUAUUUUAUAGAGGGCCACAGGGUCAUCAGUUUCACUACUGUCAUGUCCUACUAGCUACCCGCUUAAAAUAAUGUCUGUUGAUUAAUUGAUUGUCACACCUGGUUUUCAGUCCCGGCCUGUAAAAUCCAUGCCCCUUUUUAGGCCUGCAUUGCAGUCUCUAAGAAAUUAUGGUAUCAUUACUUAGAUUAGAACAGCAACAAAAGGGAUUUCUUAAAAUUCAUUUUGAAUUCACAUAUUUCUCUUUCUUUUUAACUCAUUUAGAAUUGAAAUGAUGUACAGUAAUUGUGUAAGUCAUUGCUCAUUUUAAUAUGUUAUAUCUUAAGUUUUAUUUUAUAGAGGGCCAUGGGGUCAUCAGUUUCAUUACUGUCACAUGCUACUCUCUUAAAAUAAAGUCUAUUGAUUGAUUGAUUUGAUUGAAAUAUAUUCAUACACUCCCAUAGUUGCCUUGAAAACCAUACCUAAUUCCAGAUCAAGUGGGCAAAGUCUAUACCCGUUUUCUGACCAAAUCAGUGCAAAAACCAUACCCUUUGGGGUGCCACAUACUUACAGUAUAUGGCUUAUAUAAGGGAGUACUCUGCCCGGGCUCAUCAUCUGCAGACUGCACUCUUCACAAUCUUCAUAAAUUGAUUAAUAUUUGAUUACAUGUGACCAAACCAGGUUGACUUCCAGAAUACCCAGCCAAUUAAUACAUACAUCUCUAAGUGCUAAUACAAACCAUGGAACUGUAAACUGUACAAAAUAUGCGCUCUUUUUCACUGAUCAGUGUAGACAAUGAAAGCAGUUAAUUCUCUGAGUUUGAUUGCGAAGUAUUCUAAUGGAUCAAUUAAUAGUGAUUUUGUUACCUCUUCGUCCUGUGUUCCUGAUGCAUAAGAAUCCCCAAAGACGUAAAAUAAUUGGUGAUAUGCAACCUGUAGGAUACAGAGAUUGAUUAAUCAAUCUGAACAUGUGUUUUUGUAGAAAAAUUCUGUUCCUGUAUUUUACUGUGGCAGUUAUUAUGGCUGUUGUUUAACAGUGCAUAUGUCAUUUAGCUUUACACUGUAGUUGUGCUUUAAAAUAGAAGGACUAUAUAUUUUAAUUUCAGUAUACUGUAAUACAGAGUUUUGGAGUCUGUCUUCAGAUUAACUGUCUGGUUACGAAAAGGCUCAAGCAUUUUGAAUUUUGGACUCGUUUUUUUAACUGAGACUCAGUGGUACGAAAGGUUAAGACACUUUUCAUUGUAAAUUUGUGCAGAAUAAAAUUAAUGCAAGAGUUGCCAGAUUUCAACUUUGAAACUGACUGAAACCUGACUUAGACAAAACAUAAAAUGCAUUAGUCAGGAAAUAAAUUCCACACUAAUAAGCACAAAGAAAGACAUGUCUAAUUACCUGGGGCUAAUAAAUUGGUGGACUGCAAAUUACAGACUGAUGUACUGUAGGACAAAUUGCUUAAAUUCCUUAUAAAUUCAUGUGGAUCGAAAGCUGUGUAUUGAAGCUGACGACCCGACAAAGCGAAAUUAUUACACAGUAAUUAUCAUUUUCAUGUGCAAUUAAUUAAUGAAAUAACUAUUAAAUAACAGUUUAUUAUUGUGCAUCAAAAAGAUCAUUUUCAAUCCAGUUAAAAUGACUGUCACUGUCUAGUACAUGAAGCUGUAGAGCUGACUUCCGUUGCACCCUGCUUUAAUGUUAUAUUCAAGCAAACACAGCAAAUAAUUUAUGAUAAACCCAGAAGAGCUUUGAUCAACAUGAAAGCAAAAAUUACUACAGUUCAAUCAGAGGCUGACCAUUUAAAUUCCUUUAGAGAGCUUAAUAUCAUGGAAGAUAAUUAUGUGAUCUCAUACAUUGAAAAUGUAUUUUGUAAUGGCUUUUCUUAGCUAAAGAUUCAAGUGAUUAGAAAAAAUAAAUCGUAAAAUAGGAAAUUUUACACCUUUUGAUCCAAAAUGUUGUUGAGAAUGGUGGUUAAAGUCAACUAAAGCUUAUACUCUUAAGGUGGUAUUUAAAGUGUACAUUUUGUUUUUGUGCCUUUUUGAGUCAAUUCCCACUGCUGCCCCUGACAAAAGAGGAAAAAAAGUGUUGCUAGUCAAUUAUUCCCUUUUCCCAUGCUUUUUGUGCCAUCCGGCACCAGGAAAAUAAGUGCCACGUAGUUUUUGAAGUUUUGUACCAGAAAUCAUGAAAUUUGCUUGCCUCUCAUGACCUAACUUAACGCCAGGAGUGUUCAAAUGUGCUUCAAAAUCUCCAUUGUCAUACAUUAUUGAAAGAGUGCUCCCCCAAUUCAUGGCUUGAGAAUUAAACACAUGAAUUAACACAAUCAUUCUGCACUAUUUUCAGGCUAUUUUCAAAUGUUUGAUGUCAGGCAGAAGGCAACUUACCGCAAAACAAAAAAUUAAAAUGACCUUAAAUAAUUAUGCCCUGCAUUGGCUUCUUCAAAGUCUAUUUUUGUUAUGCACACCAUGCACUGAGAGAGGGGGCAGGGAUGUAUUGUAAUAAAAUGUGAUGAAAAAUGCUGUUACACCUGUAAAUGCUUUUCUAAAAAUCAGCAAGCAUGGCCCUGAAAUUCGGACCUUUAUUUUGGUGAAACCCCAUCAGGAUGGACUCUUUAGUGAGAACUUGUUUAGGUAUCCAUCUAUUGCAUAGCAGAUCUGGUAUUCUAGGAAUUUACAAGGAAUACAUGUAUGUAAUAGGGGAAAAACUCUAUAAUUAGCAAGAUCUCAUCUGGAAUCUUUCUUGAAAAUGGGAUGCACACUUCGGCGAACCUGGAAUGAUGCGGUAAAACUACUCUCCCAGGCCACUGUUAAAAUGCAGGGCCAGAUAAUGUGACAAUGUUACUUACUAUCCCAUCAGGACCAGCUGCUUUAUUGGUCAUGAUUUUCUUGAGACUUCUGUGAAUUUACAGUCUAGCAUAGUCAUUUUGUUCUUAGAUUAAUGACUCUAUAGGAGAGUGUUCUUUAAAAACCAAAUUGAUAUUAGUUCUUUCUAACUACAAUAAAAUUAAAAUAAAAUGUAGAGAGAAUAUUACAUGGCCGUGCGGGGAUACGAAAUUUGUGUUCGAGUGUUGAAAAAUAUUUCACAAGUGAGGCAUAGACUUUGUGUAAGUGUAAGUCUUAGUGUAAGUUAAUGAUGUCUAUGAUUACUAAAAACGCGCGUAAAAAUCCUCCCGUUUUAGGUGUUUGGCUACUGGUUGAAAAAAAAAUUUAAUUCUUAAACUUUGGAUGCAUUAAUGUCUGUUAAAUUCAUGCACUUUUCUAAACUAGAAGAAAGACAGGUAUGCCCAUCUGAUCUACUCAUCACUUUCGAUGUUGGUAAGUCUUGUUUAGAGAAACCGCAGUGAUGGUUAAAUGAGCGUGAUGCUAAUAUCCUCGAUUGUGAGAGCCCCAAACUCACUAAGACGAACAAAUGAGCAGUCGAUGUUUGUACUUGAGGGACUUAGUUACAAAUAUGUCGCUCAAACAUGUAGGUAAUAGCCCCAUAUGAUAUUUGAACAUUGUUACUGAAACAUCUUGCAGUCGCCUGUUGUAAAGUGUGCUGCCUUCCUGGCAUUUGAUUAGCGUUUCGGCGGAGUUUGUGCUUUGGGAGUUUUCUAUUGUUUCUAGUCUGUCAUGAUACAGCAUUCUUGUUCAGCACGCGUGCAGUGACCGCGCUUGGCUGACUUCCGAAUGCUCACCGAGAUAUGAUAAUUUUGGUACGGUGAGACAGGCGAUUUUUAAUCAAUUCUCGUGCUUCUUGUGCCUUUGCGAAAAAAUCAAGAAAUGCUACACACUAAAUCUACUUACCAUUAAAAAAAUAUCAUUUUUACAUAGGUUUAAUGCAAGCCAAUAAUUAAACCAGCUCAUUACUUAUCCUUUUAUUUGGUAGUGAAAAAAUUAAUUACGCUUGUAAGCACUGUCACUUUUUUGUGACUCUUGGUUUCGCUCUAGAAUCUUUCUUGCUCGUCUUGCUUAGAGGUAAUGCUGAAAUUGUUAGCAAAGCCCUUGUACCUCCUACAGUAUACAAAGCGCUGAGGGUGUUCAUGUCUUAGACGUUACGUGACGGGAAUCCCUUCUAUUUUCUCAUACAAAAUUAUCAUAUCUCGGUGGACUUCGGAAGUCAGCCAAGCGCGGUCAUUGCACGCGUGCUGAACAAGAAUGUUGUAUCAUGACAGACUGGAAACAAUAGAAAACUCCCAAAGCACCAACCCAGCCAAAACGCUAAAAAUCUUCAAUGUUUACUCAAGUUUGGGCUUAUAGAAGAUAAUGUAACAGUUUUUCAAUGAUCAUGAAAUUCAGAAUUCGGGUAGUCAGUUCAUCAAUUGUGGCCCUGAAAAAAUUUGAAGGAGAAAAAAACUACGAAUUUUUAAGAAAAUGCUUUUUUCGUGAAAAGAAGGACUCUUAAACGCUGGCAAACGGCAACAACUAGCUAAAACUUAUAAUUUGUAUAUGUUCGCAUUGCUCGAAAUCGCGCACAUUUACAAGGCCCGAAAGUUUUUUGCUGACUUGCAAGGACCCAUCUGUAUGGUGGCCCGCUAACGCCAUAGCAAUUUUGCACUUUUUGGGUGAAAUUUUGACACUUUCCAUUCUAUUUUCCUAUAUUUUUUCUUUUUAAUUUAUUUUCUUUUGAUUAUUUUUGUCUUUUUUUAAAUUUCCUUUCUUUUAAUUAUUUUUAUCUUUAUGAAAAUUUUCUUUUCUUUUGAUAAUCUUUAUCUUAUUUUUUUUUAUAGUCUCUCUUUUUUAACUUUAAUUGUUUCUUCUUACUUUUUAAUUUGAUUUAUUUUGUAAUUUUUAUUUUAUUUGGUUAUACAAUUUUUUUGUUUUAUGAAAAUUUACAAACAUUGAUCUAAUUUUGAAAAAAAAAAGUCUCUAGCCCAGCAACGCCAUAGACCAGAAUUCCUCCUAAAUUUUAUGCUAUAUUGUAGAUUGAUUUAUAUGUUAUCCAUGCUAUUUGUUAGACUUACGAUCAAAGUAAAGGUGGGGAUAGCAGAGAGCUUCAAAGUAGGAUGGUACCCUCACAAAAUAACUGGGUCGAGUCACCUUAAGACGCGUCUGCUUUUUCCUCGUAUAAAUGGCCCUAUUGUGCGUUUUGUUCAGUCUUUUUAUUAUACGAAGACUGUGAGUAGUGUUUCGAUAUAGUUUAGCUGGCACAAAAACUUCGGAGGAGUUAUAAAGCGGCAUAAUUUUCUGCGUUGAAAAAAAGUUAGUCACGGUGAGACAAAAGGCGAACUCGAGCGAAUUUUUUACUCAAACUAGUAUCACGGUAAAAAAUACGUUAUCGAUCGUUUCAUCUGUUUACAAUGUACAUUGUUUAAAGUGCGUUCCGAUGAAAGCAACCAAAGUCACAAAAUGCAAAGGCUUUUAUUUUUUUAAGUUAAAAAAAUCCCAAGAGAAUAAUCUAAAACUGAAUAUCUUUUCAUGUAGACUGCUGCAGACUGCAAAUUAGAUCGUUUCAGUGUAAUCAAUGAGGCCGAUGGAUCGGGAGCAAUGGGCAGUUUGUUGUCUGUUUUAGUAAACUUCUCGUUUUUAUACAAUACAAUAUUUCUGUCUAGUGUUAGCAGAAGCAGCCCAGUGAAUUCGCCUUUUGGCGAGUCUAGUUAUGUUUCUGUUCAGUUAAUAUUAAGUUUCGAGUACAUGAUGGCUAAGUAAAGUAUUCGAUGUUCUAGUUGGCCAUCACAUUACCAACUGCGUCUCGUUUAAAUACAGGCGCGGAACCAUAGAGAACGGAAAAAAAUUAAUAACAAUUACUAAAAUAAGAAAGAUGUGAAUCUUGAAUUUCUCUCCUUGGGCCUUGACUGGAAUUAUUUUGACUUGUAAGAAACAGAAGAGGUAGAGUGUGCGUCGUGUGAUUUGCAAUACACGUGUCGGUAAAGCUAAGAGCUGUUUUCCGAUAUUACGUCAUUGUUGAGACAGCUCCCACAACCAUUUUGAAAUAUGAAUUAUGGUACCUGCUAUUUAUUGACUUGUUCCGUCGCUUGUUGGCUCUUAUCUUUAUAUCCCCCUGUUAACAAGACGUGUCUUUUUCACGAGAAGAUGUGAAAAAAGGUCAGUUGCCUCCUGUAGAUAAGGGAGAGCCACCUGUGGGCUUCCUGGUUUACUAGUACCUGUGGGUAAAGAAUUGUCUACAACGGUCGGUGUCAAACACGGACUGCGGACCACGGACUGCACACUCGGUAUAAAACACGCAAUCCGGACUGAGUAUGAAACACGGACUAGGUAUAAAACGCGGACUAUGGACCAUGUAUGUAAAAACAGCUUUAGAAAGGUAAGACCGAGAUAAACGGAAAGCGGACUAGCAUAAAACAGUAGUCCCAGCUCCUUGCCUCACACACAAACAUUCCUUUUGCUGGUCACGCAGUCUAAUCUCCCCAACGUCAGCGUCAUGUGGAGAAGGAAAGCAUACUGCACAGACAAGGAAGGUUAUGCCGCUACUCAAGGGAAAUGAAAUUAAACUCUGAAUUUUAUAAAAAGAAGGAGUUAGAAGAGAAUUCAAUUUAUAGUUUGAAACCAAUGAGAAGGACUGAAUAAAAAAAAAUAGUAUUGGUGUUAGUCAGAUUAAAAUUCUUGUAGAUGCCACUAUUCCGUUUCAAAUAAAGCCUUGGGAAUGAAGAAAUGAAAAACUCAGACGAGAAGGUCAAUAUAGGGGCAUUCCGCGAUGUAAAAUAGCAGUAUUUACGGUGGAGGGAUGACUCACCUAUACGUGAAUAAUAUAUGAAAUGAAUCAUCCAACGUUAUAUUCUAAGCGAUGAUUAUGAUGACAUGAUUUACACCCUGCCCCUGACCCCCGGAGGGGGGUACUUCUGUGAAUUCUUGGUGUGGGUGGGCCGCCCGUAUCUCCAAAUCUGACCCCAUUUCAAACCUAAAAAUGUCGUUUUCCAAACUCGUUUUUAGACCAGAUCUCUAAAAUCCAUACCCAUUUUCAGACCUGGCCUAAUUUAGCGUGUUCCAGACUGUCAAUUACUAGGGGAGACUCCCAGUUUCCUCCCGCUUUAUUUUCGUGUUCGCGCUUUCUUAUUCAGCGGACCCAACUAUCUCGGAGCCUGGAACAGGCUAGGCUUGGUAAGGCAGAAAUUAUGUCAUCAUUCAGUAUCAGAUUAGGGCGUAAACUAAAACAUGAAUUCUUCAAAUGCAUUUGGAAUUCACAUAUUUCUAUUUCGUUCUUAUUCAUUUGGAAUUGAAACAAUAAGUACCUUCAUACAUGUACACUCCCGUAGUUUACUCGAAAACCGUACCCGAUUCCAGACCAAAAUGGGCAAAGCGUUUUCAGACCAAAAAGGCCCAAAAACCCUACCUUUCAGGGCGGCACACACCUACAUGGCCUAUAUAAGGGGGUACCUCCCCGGGUCCUGACCGCUGUCAUGAUUGAAUAAAAUGGGAGUAGAAAAUAGCAUUUUGUUAGGCUCAUGAUUGAGAGAACCGGGCGGCACACCCCCACCAAGAAUUUCUAGGUGUAUUUAUAACUUAAACUCACGUGUCUUGCUAUUUAGGGAUCUUCUGAUCUUAUUUUAUUUUUCCUUACCUAGAACCAAUUGGCACCUUUUUUACCAUCGUAGUCCGUAGUCCGUAUUUUAUACCCAGCCCGCAGUCCACAGUCCGCGUUUUAUACCUAGUCCAUGUUUUACGCUCGGUCCAUAUUUUCCAGUCCGUGUUUUGUACCUAGUCCGUAUUUUAUACCCAGUCCGUAGUCCGCAGUCCGUCUUUUAUACUGACCGUUCUCUACAAUGUCGAUAUUAUAUGUAGGUAUCAAGACUUGUUUAGCCGUUUGAACCUAAUCCGCACAAACCUUUGGUUGACAAACAAAACCCCCUAACACUAUUGCCUUUGCGUAUAUUCUGCCAGUUUAUACACAGUGCUAUAAGUUCAACCCUGCAACAAAGAACAGUUAGUUGUGCCAUUAGUUGUGGCAGUUAAGCUGAAUUUCCUCAGAACUCCAACUCAGUCUACUACACCUUUAGCCAGACGAAUGCCAACCGGACAAACGGAGAGAAACUGAGAGACAAGGCCUCAGCCCCUUUCUAAAGGGGUAUAAUUAACACUAUCUUAUCUGAUUAUUUGACUUGGACGUGUUACCCCUGCCAAUGUUUGGUAAAGGCAUCGACACCUUCAGUGCGUUGUAGAAACAGGAAUUACUGGCAUUUAACUACCAUGUAGCGAACUUAUGAAGAGUGAACGGACCCCAUUAAGUGUUUAUGGGAAAAUAUCUGGGUGUAUGUCCUGGGCGUUAAUAUUGGUGAUUUUGGUGAGGUAGUAAUAAGGAAGUGGGUGUUUUUACCCCGUGGGAUCCAGGCUGGAAUAUUUAACUGAAAAGCUAUAUCUGUUAAAAAAAUUACACAAUUUCUUCUACCCGUGUGUUGCCGUCAGGUUUCGGACUGUCUCAAUCGGUUAUGCGGGUUUAAUUUGGAUUGUCAGUGUGUUACUACUGGUUUUUUCACUUGCGGGAGUUUCCAAAAUAACAUGUAGUCAAAAGCUAUAUCUGUUAAAAAAUUACACAAUUUCAUCUACCCGUGUUUUGCAGUCAGGUUUCGGACUGUCUCAAUCGAUUAUGCGGGUUUAAUUUGGAUUGUCAGUGUGUUACUACUCGUUUUUUCACUUGCGGGAGUUUCCAAAAUAACAUGUAGUCAACAGCUCUAAGCUCUCGCUAGUUGGAAAUCCUUCCUUUUUCAUUGGAUGACCACUGUCCCUGCAUACUAACCACGAUGUCUAAGAAUAGGCAACAAAAUCAAUGGCACAAGUCUCGUCAAAUAUUUAUUUACUGUCGCCUCUCCCUGACAACCUUCCAUAAUUUGCUACUAUUCUUAGAACCGCAGGAAAUAACAAAUUCUGAUGCAUCGAACUUAACGCUAAGGUGAUGCAGUUGUAUAUUUAUUAUCUCUUUUUGAAUCUUUUGUAGAUGUUUAUUUUGCUUAUGAUGCUACGUUUUUCUAAUUACAGUAUGUCGUGUAUUAAUGGCAAGACCUUCCAUCAAAGCCGUGGUGUCGAAGGCCGGAGGAAGUGUUACAUGUUACACGCAGUGCCGCACAGGUUCCUCUUACUAUAGUAAAUUUGAUGCAGUCAUCACAGAAACAGCAUCGCACUGCAGUCCAGUUGUUAUCAUUCUUGGUUGGAAUGGUUCUAAAGAAAAACAUCUUAAAAAGUACAGCAAGAUAUUUGAAGAAAAGGAUUUUUGUACUAUUUGUGUUCCCGCUAAGCCAUUUAACACUUUUCUUAGAGCUGGAAGCAAGGUUAAGCAAAUUAGCUUACACAUUUUGGAUGUAUUAAGUGAUCUAAAUGGCCAAGAGAGACCUGUAUUCCUGUAUGCAUUUAGCAAUGGUGGCUGUGCUAUGUUUUUUCAUAUGAUGGAAGCCGUUUCAUAUUCCACACGGCCAUCCUAUCAAAGAGUGCCUAUUGUAGGAACAAUAUUUGACAGUUGCCCCAUCCGUCCGGAUUUCAAUAGCCUUAAGGCAACCAAAGAGAGCGUUGUUGAUAUGAUAAGAAGCCCAGUACUUAAAAGUAUCCUGUGGCAUUCCAUGGGAAUUAUCAUUCCAGCAGUACUUCUCUUUAAUAGCACAGUGAAGCGUUAUAUGAGUGGUUUGACAGAAUCACCACUGCAGUGUCCUCAAUUACUUCUUUAUUCCAAGGCUGAUAAGUUGGCUCCAUACCAAGAUAUUGAGAAUUACUCACAGGCACGGAAAAAAAGGGGGAUCUUCGUUGUAUCCAAAUGCUGGGAGAGAUCUAAACAUGUGAAUCAUUACAGAGAGCAUACCGCUGAAUACCUUGAUGCACUUAAUUAUUUCAUAGAACAUUGCUUAACCACCUAUGAAAGUACAAAGAGUGACUUGGUUGAAAAAGCCGUCUCUCAAAAAUGAUGCAUAAGUUUCUCAUCUCUCUCAACGGGAUCGGCUAUUUAUCGAGUUACGAGCUUGAGUUGAGUAAGAGUUGAGUUUGAGUUAAGUUUGAGUUACCAAAAAAUGCCUUUUUUCUACAGAUGAUGCGUUUUCACCGUAUUUGUUUCUGUUUUUAGUGUUGUCUAGUAUUUUUGUUGCUGCGUUUUUAUGAUUGGUGCUUGUAACUACGCCCCUACAAGGGAGACGAAACACUUCAUGGGCGAAGGUUAUUGAGAGCACUGUUCACUUGUUCGGUAAGAGUAAAGUUCUUUGAUGUUUUUUCAAACAUAAAACUGUGUUUUUCUGGUCGCUAGAUACCCUGAAUCGUCUCUAGUUUUAAAUGAUUUAUCUUCAUUUGAUGACCAAAGAGAAUUAAACGGCCAUUGUGCAAAAAACAUUGACAAGGGGAAGAAAAAAUGUAGCAACCGUUCUUUUUCCAACGAUUUUUAAUGCAUUUGUGACUGACUAGUAGCAUUCCAUCGUGUUCUGAUUUUUCGGUUUCCAAUACUAUUGCACUAUACCUAAUACAUAGAUUUAGCCAGGGCUAAAAGCGAAGCUCUCGAUAAUAUUUAUAGUUUGUUCAAACAAAAUAUUAAAUCAUGUAAUCCUAAGCGGUGAAGGCAACGCCGGAGAACGGUGAAAAACAACAAUAGGACUAAUUAGGAAAAAAGCAACUUUGCACGUGCAGCACACUUUUUUUACAUUUCUUUGCCGUUGUUUUACACGACUGCAACAUGAAACUUCCAGAAACUUCUUAGUUACACGUUUUUUCGUUCACUUUUUUUUCACUGCCGCUUAUUUUCACCUUGCAUUGGUGCCCGCUACCAUUUCUCAUUUUGUCACCGCCGUUACAAAAUUUUCAUGUUGUUCUUCCAACAAAAAAAAUGUCUCCUUUGUUUUUUAUCUCUUGCUCUAAAUCUCUGUCGCCCUUUUUCUCGUUGAGCUUCGCUGGCCUGCCGCCUACUUUCUCUUUUUCUCUGUGUUUCUCUUGCUCUAUAUUCCAAAUUUGUGGACAUGACAAUUAAUCUAAGCUUAAUACUUUAGAAAACACGGACACAGAGACAAUUUCCGCUUUCCAUUUUCCUCUUCAUUGACUCUCUAGUUGUUUCUGCUUUACAAGACGCGGGCGGAUAUGCGAUUUCCCGUCAAAAUAACCUCGAAUUGCAUUUGGGUUGCCAUACCUGUUGAUUGACUUAUUUUACAUUGGUAUGCCUGUGGUGCGGACGGGCGGUCGGUCGGUGUACGGUCACGUGAUUUCCAAAUUUUCUCGGAUGGGUAGUUUACCACAUUUUCUUACCCAUGGUGCUCCGCUAUAAGGACUCUUCCAUUGUAUGGCGCUUUUUUGGGGUCAAAAUUAAGUGACACAUUUUACAUGCAGAAUUAAAAUAACAAGACAUUUUACAUGGCGAAUUAAAAUAACCAUUCCUGGCGAAUUAAAAUAACCCAUGCAUUUUACAUGGCGAAUUAAGUAACGCAUGCAUUUUACAUGGCGAAUUAAGAUACGCAUGCAUUUUACAUGCGAAUUAAGUAACGCAUGCAUUUUACAUGGCGAAUUAAGUAACGCAUGCAUUUUACAUGGCGAAUUAAGAUACGCAUGCAUUUUACAUGGCGAAUUAAGUAACGCAUGCAUUUUACAUGGCGAAUUAAGAUACGCAUGCAUUUUACAUGGCGAAAUAAGAUACGCUUGCAGUUUACAUGACGAAUUAAGUAACGCAUGCAUUUUACAUGGCGAUAUACCUAUAUGCAAGGCUUAAUACAUCUACACGACGUGUGAAAGCUUGACAGUGGCCGACAUUUUACUUGGUUAAAUCGCUUACUUGAAAUGAAUUUACUUUAAAUUAAGUAUCACAUUUUGAGUACCGUAAAAUCAUCCGAAAAUAAGCCCCGGCAGGGCUUAUAUUUUUCAAAGGCCCUUUUUGAGGGGCUUAUUUUUGGAAGGGGCUUACAUUGGGAGGGAAAUUUGUGUUUCAAAAUCGAUUGGGCUAGCCUUAUAGUUGGAAGGAAAUUUAUGGUUUUUGCUUUGUUUUACUUUGUAUUUGAAGGCAAUUUUCCGACUACAAGCCCCCGGGGGGCUUAUAUUCGGUGGGGCGAUUUAACCAAGGUUUUUUGCGUCACCGGUUUGGUGGGCUUAUAUUUGGAGGGGCUUGUUUUCGGAAUUUUACGGUAUGCGAUGAACGAUCGUUUUUGAAUCGGGUAAAUACUACUGUCCCCAACCAACGGGUAGGAGAGAACCCUGGGAACGAGGGUUCCACGCCCCGGUUUAACAUAUGGCUGAUGGGAUUGAUCUGACGGAUUUUUUCGCACGACCUAGAAAUUCCCUACUUGAUCUAUCAGGGAGAUUACAGUGUAAUGCGUGCGAAGAUACUCUUGAUUUUGUAAGUUUCCGUUUACAGCAAUUACUGCAGCAAUAAAAGGGGGUGGUAGGCCUACACGACUUUUACCUCAUGCUAAAAUUCUGCUUAUUCCAAUAAAGGUUUUUUUUCUCUGCUGGGUAGAUUAUGUACUGGACGGUUCUAUAUUUUCACCGAGUAAAUAUAAUUUAAGCCGCAUGUUUCACACGGAAAGGUCAUGACAUACAUAUCGAUUUACUGUAGUUAUUGUUUCUGGUCGGCAGGAUUUGCCCUCUGAUGCAAGCGCAUUUUCUUUGACCUCCUUUUGAAGCGUAAAGCUUUUUUAUUGCGGCUGAAUAAGGGCUCCAAUUUUCUCCAAAGUGCCUUCUAGAUCUGAAUAACUAAGCGAUUUUCUUUAGUCCGUGAGUGUAAUGUUUUUCUGCAAUGCUGUAUCACGCUGGGCCCAGCUCGUUAGUUUUCUUUGCAGAAUGCUAAGUUAUCACAAAUAGUGAUUUACAGAUCCAAAAUUAUAAGAAUGAAGUGCAGCUUAAACUGAAGCUACAUCAACUUACUAAGGAGAAUUGAAUUGUGACUCAGUAAACUCCAGCUUAGUGUUUUUCUAAAGAUAGUGUGAGUCUUUUGACUGGAGCGUGUAGCUCCUCCCCUGGUAAUAGCUUUUGAAUAAAGCUUGUUAUUGCCGCUUUGUGAUCAGGCAAGACCAUGGUUUCGGUUCUCCACACGCACCUCAUCAGUUGCCGGGUUGGCUUUGUGCUUAGUUUCUUUUACAGGAGCAACUUUAGUUUUACUUUGUCGUGACGAGAACGGUACAGCCGUUCUGUCUAUUGCGGCGUUGCUAAAACAAGGGUAAGGCUGAGAGUAAUCUAUUUAGCUUUGAACUUAAACAUAAAUACCCCGGUGGCGGAUCGAAAUUCUUCCUAUUCGCUACUGAACGUAACCAAUUACGGAGUGUGUAUUUCGAUCCUCUUCUGCUUCAAGCUAGAGGUGUGUUUUUUUGGAAAGCUUUUUUUGAAAAUUUAAGCACUUCUUUUUCUGGAAGAGUUCGAAGACUGUUGAAAAUAAGUGCGCACAGAGUAUCCGUACAGUCCCUCUAAAAACUAGAGUGGAUACGUUCCUCGUUAGGUGCGCAAUGUUGAACUUUCUACUGUGUGCUUGGUUUUUAUUGGUGCCUGUGUUGAUUUUCAUAAGUUAAAACGGGGCCCUAAUUGCGAACUUUCGAGUACUGGAAUCUCGCGUGCUAUCUUGAACUUCAAAAGUGGCGUUCUGGCGUCGGCGACCUGACCUCUCGGACGUAAACAAAUGCGCAGUAUAUUCACACUAGCGCAAGUGACUUCCGGACGGCGUUCUUAACCUCAAAAACGUCUAGUGCUUAUAAGCUCUCUACUUUCUACUUUCUACUUCUGACGGACGCGCAGCACAAGGGGUGAGGGGGCGGGGAGAUGAGUUUUGGGGUCCGAGGUCUGAGUUUUCCAGGCCUGAGUUUACUAGACACCCCCAUCAAACAGUAGUACCGUAUUUAUUCGAUUAACCGCCCUGGGCGGUUAUUAAAUUUUUGGACCUUGAGAGUGGGCGCUUAUUUGAGGCUGGGCGCUUAUUAAAUUUUCACCAUUUUAAGCAAGUGAAGUAUGUUUAUUUUGCAACAAAUGCUAAUAACACAACGCGAAGAAGUAACAAAGCAAGGUUUCUGUAAAAUACUCUGAAGAAAACUCCGUCCUCGUGGAAGUCUCUUAUUAGGAUUUAUUCACUCAAGUGGGUGGGGUUGGGUGAGCCGGCUUAUUUGAGUUUGAUUGAGAGGAAGAGGGGGUGGGCGCUUAUUCGAGGCUGGGCGCUUAUUAACUUUUUCGGCCUUUAGGAUGGGCGCUUAUUCGAGGUGGGCGCUAAUUCGAGGUUGGGCGCUUAUUCGAAUAAAUACGGUAUUUCUCCGAUUCAAAAACGAUAGUUCAUCGGAUUCUUUGCCAUCAAUUCAAAAUAAAUACGACUCUCGUGUAUUUAAAAUGUGAUACUAAUGAUAUUUAAGGUGAUUCCCUAGUUUUGCACUGCGCAUCUCUUACUGCGCAUAACAAGAUGGCCGCCGUAAAAAAGCGCAUGUAAAGUAAUAUUAUUAAAAUGGAGUUGACUGAAAAGAAACGCUAUUGGAAUUUUUGCUUGCUGUGUUUCUUGCCGAGGUGAGACUCAGUGUGUUGGGAAUGUGCAUAACGUAAGCAGUACGUGUGUUGCUGAAGUCGACCUCCUCCCGGAGAACCUCGAUAGCGGAUGUUUAACUUGUGCUUACUCACUUUGAUUUUCAUUUAAACACUUUCUUUAUCACAUUGUGUCCUAAAUGUGAUAUCUCGAUGUAAAUUCUGUAAAAACGGAUUUUAAUACUUUCUUCCCCCUUUCACAUACAUUCUAUUUUGAAACUCGCCCCAGUCCUCUCUCAAAAAUCGGAGAAAAUGCGUUUGGUGCGCACUUUCUGCAACUCUACCGCAAAAACGAGUACGGUGACCCCCAUUUUUUAUUUCAUGAUUUUAAUAAGGACAGUGCUUCCUUUCGAUGAGAAAAAAAAUGGCACAAAUCUAUGUUCAGUUUUUUGGCAAUUUUACUAAAUUGUACGGAUUGAGCCAUCACGGGUCGAAAAGCGCGCGUCCAAUUUAAUUCUGCUUUGGAGCGUAAAGUAAAAACAAGGGCAUUAAAAGGCAUUUUUCUGGUACGUAAGUGGAUAAACAAUACAUUAAAGUCAAAUUCUGUGUGAUGUCAAAUGCAUCAUCGAAAAAAUCUCUCCUUUUUGUCUAGUUUUGCGCUGCCCGCGGUUUUUGUAAAAGGGUCCUAAAUAGCCGUAUUUGUCAGCAUUGUGACGUCAAAACGAGCACGGUGACCCCCACUUUUUAUUACUUUUUUAUCAUCUUCUUGACUUGUUACAUCAGUGUACCAAGUUUUAGCUAAAAUCUAUGUUAGGUUCUUUUACUAUGGAAUCACCUUAAGGUAACUUUUAUUUUAUAACCAAGUAAAAUGUCGGCUACUGUCAAGCUUUCAUACGUCGUGCAGAUGUAUCAAGCCUUCAUAUUUCGCCAUGUAAAAUGCAUGCGUUUAAUACUUAAUUCGCCAUGUAAAAUGCAUGUGUUACUUAAUUCGCCAUGUAAAAUGCAUGCGUUACUUAAUUCGCCAUGUAAAAUGCAUGCGUUACUUAAUUCGCUAUGUAUAAUGCAUGCGUUACUUAAUUCGCCAUGUAAAAUGCGUGCGUUACUUUAAUUCGCCAUGUAAAAUGCAUGCGUUACUUGAUUCGCCUUGUAAAAUGCAUGCAUUAUUUUAAUUCGCCAUGUAAAAUGUAUGGGUUAUUUUAAUUCGCCAUGUAAAAUGUGGCACUUAAUUUUGACCCCAAAAAAGCGCCAUGCCAUUGCAAAGUUAGGUUCUCUCUGCUUUUCAAAGCAACAUUGUUACUAGCAGGAUCGGCUCCAAAUUCAAGGUUUUUGUUUUGUCGUAGUGGCCAUAGAUCAAAACAUACAUGUUAGAACAACAAGACUGGCGAAAACAACGACUUUGCACGUGCAUUACGCAUUUUUUCUUGCCGGUCGUUGUACGACCGCGACGGGAAACUGCCUAUUAUAAAAUUCUUCUGUUCAGGAGGACGUCCAGGACGCGAACACCAUACAGGGGCACCUAGCGACUUUUUCUCUGU